CCCCCUCUCCUCUCCCUCUCACACUCACACGCUGCAGCAGCAGCAGCAGCAGCAGCUUUCCCACCGACUCCUCCCCCUCCUCCAUUAAUGGCCGCCACCAAGAACCCUCCAACCCCCACGUGACCUCCUCCUCCCCUCCCCCUCCCCCUCCCCCUCCCGACCUCGCCGCCGGCGACCUCCCUUCUUCUUCCUGCUUGCCUGCUCGCUUGCCUGCCUGGUUCGACCGAUGCUGAGCUCGUCGCCCUCGGCGGCGGCGCCGGGGAUAGGAGGGUACCAGCCGCAGCGCGGGGCGGCGGUCUUCACGGCGGCGCAGUGGGCGGAGCUGGAGCAGCAGGCGCUCAUUUACAAGUACCUCGUCGCCGGUGUCCCCGUCCCGGGCGAUCUCCUCCUCCCAAUCCGCCCCCACUCCUCCGCCGCCGCCACCUACUCCUUCGCCAACCCCGCCGCCGCGCCCUUCUACCACCACCACCACCACCCCUCUCUGAGCUAUUAUGCCUACUAUGGCAAGAAGCUUGACCCUGAGCCGUGGCGUUGCCGCCGCACCGACGGCAAGAAGUGGCGGUGCUCCAAGGAGGCGCACCCCGACUCCAAGUACUGCGAGCGCCACAUGCACCGUGGCCGCAACCGUUCAAGAAAGCCUGUGGAAUCCAAGACCGCUGCCCCUGCGCCCCAGUCGCAGCCCCAGCUGUCCAAUGUCACGACCGCGACUCACGACACCGAUGCGCCUCUCCCGUCACUCACUGUGGGUGCUAAAACCCACGGUCUGUCCCUUGGUGGUGCUGGCUCGUCGCAGUUCCAUGUCGACGCACCAUCGUACGGCAGCAAGUACUCUCUUGGAGCUAAAGCUGAUGUGGGUGAACUGAGCUUCUUCUCAGGAGCAUCAGGAAACACCAGGGGCUUCACCAUUGAUUCUCCAACAGAUAGCUCAUGGCAUUCACUGCCUUCCAGUGUACCCCCAUACCCGAUGUCAAAGCCAAGGGACUCUGGCCUCCUACCAGGUGCCUACUCCUACUCCCACCUUGAACCUUCACAGGAACUUGGCCAGGUCACCAUCGCCUCGCUGUCCCAAGAGCAGGAGCGCCGCUCUUUUGGUGGUGGAGCGGGGGGGAUGCUAGGAAAUGUGAAGCACGAGAACCAGCCGCUGAGGCCUUUCUUCGAUGAGUGGCCUGGGAGGCGAGACUCGUGGUCGGAGAUGGAUGAGGAGAGGUCCAACCAGACCUCCUUCUCGACAACCCAGCUCUCGAUCUCCAUCCCGAUGCCCAGAUGUGGGUCCCCUAUCGGUGAUUGAGAACUUUGCUGCUUGUGGCAGCGGGGUGGACCUCUACCCCGCAUUUUACCGCUGCUAGUGAGUUGGAUCAGUGAUUGCGCCUCCCCUGGUUCUUUGUUCAAUUGUAUCGUGCUAUGAACUAGUUAAGAGAACCCUACUUUUUUUUUCUAGUAGAAGAGACAGAAAACUCUUAUCCAUCAUCAUGUUUUAAGAUUCCACGAUGUUUUGUACCUGCAACCCACGACCUGCCGGCUGCUGGAAGUUACUGGCUGUCUGUAAUGUUUGUAGUAGAUGAUCUAUGAUGUAUCAUGUAUCUAUCUACUUGUUCCGAAUUGCGGAAACCAAAGCCGAUAAUCUGGCAUGUGCCAACGUCCUCCUUAAAGCUCUUGUGCUAUGUAUUUUGCUUUUGGUGGGAAAAAAGAAGAAAAGAAGGUUCCAUUUUUCUUAAUAAUUCAAGUUUGUAGAAUCAAAACCAGGCGUGACGUUGUGGUAUUCGUUAUUCCUUUUGCUUUGAAAAGAAGACGAUGAAAGAAAGAUAUGUGCACGUGAACUCCAAAAGGAGAAUGCCGCUCAGAUGUUAACUGCAGCCUUUUGAGCCGAUAUCUGGGAGGGAUGAUGCGGCAACUGCAAUGCAAAUGCAAAUGCCAAAAGGAUACAAGAAGGUAAGGGAAAACGAGAGAGAAAAAAAAGAAAAAGAUAGCUGAGCCUUUGGCAGGAGGGAGCACGGCCUGAACCUGAUGAACGUGAGGUCUCCGUCUCCAUCUCCUUUGGCAGGCAGACGCAGGGAUGGAUGGGGAUGUCGUUUCAGUACAGAAAAAGCCUCAGUGCACAAACACUCCGGCGCGGUCAAACAUGGAAAUGAACACAUGUAUACAUAUACUGUUAUUGCUACUGUACAUGAAUACUUGACUGGAUGGUACAUGAUGCCCAGAGAGAGCACUGAACCACAACAUGCCCAGAGAGAGGCUCUGCGCAAACUGCAAAGCAGCAGCAGCACUACGCUUUGGUACUCGCAAAAAAUAUCAUCGUCACUCACGACAGACAUGUUCACAGCUCUCCACAACAUUUUAUAGCAACAGCAACAGCACAUUUUAUAAGAUACAGUAAUAAUAGCAAUAGUAUAUAUUUAUUAUUAUUAUUUGAUUGCUGCAGACGCGCUGGUCAUGCACUCAUGCAUGCCUGCAUGGUGCAUAAACAACUGGACAAGCAUAGCCGCACCACGUAGUGGUAAUAGUCCUAUAACAAUAUUUGACAUAGUAGUAGUAGUACUGUAGUAGCUGCGAUGUCACAGGCAGGGGCCAGCCAACGCAGAGCAGAAACGACUCAACAAGCGUCACGUCACUAGGGAGCAAAUAACACACAGUUCCGACUCGAAACACAAGGUUUCCAUGCAGACGCGCCCGGCCAUGCUUGCAUGCCCCCGAGGAUCAGCUGCAUCCUCGAGGUGCUGUCAUGGAUGGAUGCCAAUGCAAGGCAAGAUAGGAGUACCAGCAGGCUGGCACAUCUCCAUUUUUAUUGGGGUAUGAGAUUCACAACCAAUACGACACUACUAGGAAACA